GCACAGCAUCGCUUACUGCUGACUGGGACUCCGGUUCAGAAUAAUCUGCUGGAAUUGAUGUCCCUCUUGAAUUUUGUCAUGCCACAUAUGUUCAGCAGUAGCACAGCUGAAAUCCGAAGGAUGUUCUCUUCAAAAACAAAUGCUGAAGAACAAACCACAUAUGAAAAAGAGAGGAUUGCACAUGCAAAACGGAUAAUAAAACCGUUCAUCUUGAGAAGAGUAAAAGAUGAGGUCCUUAAACAACUACCUCCCAAAAAAGAAUUCACUGAAUUGUGUGCCAUGUCCGAGAAACAGGAACAACUAUACUGUGAUUUCCUAAAAAAUUUGAAGAAAAAUAUUCAGAGUAAUGAGAGAAAGUCUGAUAUGAGAAACGUGAUGAUGCAACUUAGAAAAAUGGCUAAUCACCCUCUCUUACAUCGCCAGUAUUACACGAAUGACAAGCUUAGGAAAAUGUCCAAGCUUAUGCUCAAGGAACCCACACAUUGCGAUGCUGACCCUGUCCUUAUCUUUGAAGAUAUGACGGUAAUGACGGAUUUUGAGCUGCAUUUACUUUGUGAGCAAUUCUCUCACAUCAAUAAGUUCAAGUUAGACACAGACCUGAUCUUGGAUUCCGGAAAGUUUGAGACACUGGACCACAUUCUUUCUGACCUUAAAGAGAAGGGAGACAGAGUUGUAUUGUUUAGCCAAUUUACUAUGAUGCUGGAUAUCUUAGAAGUUUUCCUAAAACAAAAGCAACACAGAUACUUAAGAUUGGAUGGAAAAACACAGAUUUCUGACCGGAUACAUCUAAUAGAUGAGUUCAAUAACAAUAACGACAUAUUUGUAUUCCUCCUGUCAACCAAAGCUGGUGGAUUGGGAAUUAAUCUGACCUCGGCAAAUGUUGUUAUUCUUCAUGACAUUGACUGCAACCCAUACAAUGACAAACAAGCAGAAGACCGAUGCCACAGGGUAGGACAGACAAGGGAAGUGAAAGUCAUAAAGCUAAUCAGUAAGGGGACUGUUGAAGAACACAUGCUCAAAAUCAGCGAGCAGAAACUGAAGUUAGAACAAGAUAUGACUGCAGCAGAUUCAGGUGAAGAAGGAGCCAUCCCAGCGGAUAUAGCCACGCUAUUAAAAGCUUCAUUAGGUCUCUAAAUAUGCUGUGAAAUUCGAGGAAGAAGUUGAUAUUUUACUCCAUGGACUCUACAUUUCUGAUUAACUUAAUUCUUACGUACUUUUAUAACUUUUUGUAGCUUAUUAUUGUUAUAAUUAUUUCAUGUUGUUGAAAAUUUUUAACACCAAUAGUAUUCUUUUAAUGCUUAAGAACAUUAAUGGCCCAAAUGUGCCAACAUUGGAUGCUGAAAAAACAUCUUUUACAGAUUUUCAGAACAGGGACCUGUGUAGUCAUCAUUUCAAUAACUGCUACUGCUUAAGAUCUGUCAGUAUUUUUAUAAUUAUUUCUACCUCCGAAUAUGUAUAUUUAAACUGUCAGUUUCACUGGAUUACACUUACAGAUUUUUUAUA